GCCUUUCACUGUCAGUACCUUCAGCAGGGGAAGGUUACCAAGAUGUUUAAGCAAGCCAGCAUCGUGAAACUGCUAUUGCUGUGUCUGCUCUGUGUUUCCAUAGUUAAAUCCCUGGCUUCUCUAGAUUAUGAUGAUGAGGAAAGUGACAACGCUCCCAGGGCUAAUGGCGAAAAAGUGGAUGCUCGAGGUCACAGACCAGUAGAUAAAAGACGGGAGCCAAUGCCAACUCUCAGACCAGCUCCUCCUCCCAUUAGUAAAGGUGGAUAUCAGGCUCGUCCAACAAAACCACCCACUCGGGGCCAGAAGAAAGAAGUUCUUUAUCCUGAUGCUGGAGGUUGCAGGCAUGCAUCAGAUGAGCUAGGAGUGCUGUGUCCAACUGGGUGUGAGCUGCAAACUGCAUUGGUAAAACAGGAAAAAAGUGUGAAAUCCGACAUUCGGGACCUAAAGAACAAAGUAGAGAAACAGUCCGAAACCUCUUCAACAUUCUAUGAGUACAUGAAUACACUAGAAGAUAAACUGGCAAGAAGACAAAAACAAAUAAAAGAUAAUGAAAAUGUAGUUUCUGAGUACCACACAGAAAUAGAGCAGCACUAUACAUACAUCAGAGAGAACAUGGACAACAACAUCCCAUCUAGCCUCCGAGUCCUCCGUUCAGUUGUGGAUACCUUACACAAAAAGAUACAAAAACUGGAAAAUGCUAUAGCAUCCCAAAUGGACAAUUGCCGCUCUUCAUGCAUUGUUUCCUGUAAUAUUCCAGUGGUGUCAGGCAAAGAAUGUGAAGACAUUAUCAGAAAAGGAGGUGAUUCAUCUGAAAUGUACCUCAUUCAGCCUGAUGCUUUCUUCAGACCAUACAAGGUGUAUUGUGAUAUGACCACAGGAAAUGGAGGAUGGACUUUGAUUCAGAACCGCCAAGAUGGCAGUGUUGGCUUUGGGAGAACAUGGGAUGCAUACAAAAAAGGAUUUGGAAAUAUUGCAAAAAGUGGAGGGAAAAAAUACUGUGAUACUCCAGGUGAAUAUUGGCUUGGAAAUGACAAAAUCAGCCAGCUUACCAAAAUGGGACCCACUGAAGUUUUAAUUGAAAUGGAGGACUGGAAUGGUGAUAAGGUUUUAGCUCAUUAUGGAGGAUUCACCAUACAAAAUGAGGCAAACAAGUAUCAGAUAUCAGUUAGUAACUAUAAAGGCACAGCUGGCAAUGCUUUUAUGGAUGGAGCUUCACAACUGUAUGGCGAGAACAGAACAAUGACAGUUCACAAUGGCAUGUUCUUCAGCACUUUUGAUAGAGACAAUGAUGGAUGGGUUCAUGCAGAUCCAAGAAAACAGUGUUCUAAAGAAGAUGGUGGUGGUUGGUGGUACAAUCGAUGCCAUUCAGCCAAUCCCAAUGGCAGAUACUAUUGGGGAGGACAGUACAGCUGGGAUAUGGCAAAACACGGCACAGAUGAUGGAGUUGUAUGGAUGAACUGGAAAGGAUCAUGGUAUUCAUUGAAGAAGAUGAGUAUGAAGAUUAGACCAUUCUUUCCACAAUAAUCAUCAUUCAAAUGAACAACAUCAAAUGUUUUCAUGUGCAUAUCAAAGUUAACUUCUUUUAGUGCAUGAUAUUUGAUUUUGCCUCUACAUAAGAGAACCAAAAAUAUCAACAUUUAUAUGUCUGACUAUAUUGUGACUUGAAUUGGAGAAGUCAUGCUGAAUAUAAACCUAUGUCUGACCCAUUAAAAAAAACUUGAAAGUG